UUAAGGUGUCAACUCUGAGGAGGCAGCGUUUUCUGUGCUUCUCCCUGGUUCUCUCUCUUUCUCUCUCUCCAGAAGGUUCUGCGGGUUCUCCCGGGUCUGAGUACCCGGCUUUGCAUCGCGCCGCCAUGAUGGGCCACCGUCCCGUUCUCGUACUCAGCCAGAAUACAAAGCGUGAAUCUGGAAGAAAAGUUCAGUCUGGAAAUAUAAAUGCUGCAAAGGUAGCAUAUCCUGCUCCCUUCUCCCACACAGUGCUGUUGUGCAUGCUAAGCAAACAAGUGUCAGAGACUGACAUUGAGAUUACCCGAGAGGAAGACUUCACCCGAAUCCUUCAGAUGGAAGAAGAGUACAUUCAACAGCUCUGUGAUGACAUUAUCCAAAUGAAGCCUGAUGUGGUCAUCACAGAAAAGGGUAUCUCAGAUUUAGCACAGCACUACCUCAUGCGGGCCAAUAUCACAGCCAUCCGUAGAGUCCGGAAAACAGACAAUAAUCGCAUUGCUAGAGCCUGUGGGGCCCGGAUAGUCAGCCGACCUGAAGAACUGAGAGAAGAUGAUGUUGGAACAGGAGCAGGCUUGUUAGAAAUUAAGAAAAUUGGAGAUGAGUACUUCACAUUCAUCACGGAGUGCAAAGACCCCAAAGCCUGCACCAUUCUCCUCAGGGGUGCCAGCAAAGAUAUUCUCUCGGAAGUGGAACGAAACCUCCAGGAUGCCAUGCAAGUGUGCCGCAAUGUUCUCCUUGACCCUCAACUGGUACCUGGAGGUGGAGCCUCUGAGAUGGCCGUGGCCCAUGCCUUAACAGAAAAAUCCAAGGCCAUGACUGGUGUGGAACAGUGGCCAUACAGGGCUGUUGCCCAGGCUUUGGAGGUCAUUCCUCGUACCCUGAUCCAGAACUGUGGAGCCAGUACCAUUCGUCUACUUACCUCCCUUCGGGCUAAACAUACACAGGAGAACUGUGAGACCUGGGGUGUAAAUGGUGAGACAGGUACAUUGGUGGACAUGAAGGAAUUGGGCAUUUGGGAGCCAUUGGCUGUAAAGCUGCAAACAUAUAAAACAGCAGUGGAGACGGCAGUUCUACUGCUUCGGAUUGAUGACAUCGUCUCAGGUCACAAAAAGAAAGGUGAUGACCAGAGCAGGCAAGGUGGGGCUCCUGAUGCUGGCCAGGAGUGAGUGGUGGACAAGGCGACUUCAAUGCUCAGAAACAGCAGUCUCCCCCUUUCCUGAGCCAGUUUGCCAGGAACACUGUGGAUGUCUUUGUUUGAAAGGGAUCAGGUUGAGGAACAGCCCCAAAUCCCUUUUCUGUCCCAGCUCAGUUUGCAAAAGGCACUGACAUGUAAUUCUUCUCUAUUGUAAGCUUAAAUAGUUUGCUUCCGAUGAUUAAAUCUAAGUCAUUUGAGAAA